UCACAAAAUAAUCAUUUAACUUUGUCUUUGUUUCAUUCGAGGUUGAGGGGGGACUUGAUCUCCUAACCUUGGAAGCCAAUAAUCCUGAGUCUUUGAGAAUGGCUGUCUCACCAAGGUCAAAUGAUUGGAUAUGUUUGCUGAUUUUUUCUUUGGUUAUAAGUGUGCAAUAUGUAAACUCCAAUCCUAUUCCCACACCUAUUAUUCAGGAUCUCGAUCUUCUUAUUCCCAAAACUAUUAUCCCGGGUGCCGAUGAGAAAGGAGCUGUUUGUUUGGAUGGGAGUCCCCCCGCCUAUCAUUUCUCUCCUGGGAAAGAUGAAGACGCGAGCAAUUGGCUCAUUUACCUUGCAGGAGGAGGGUGGUGUACUAGUAAUGACACAUAUUCUACUCAUGACCUCUCUGUUGAGAGUUGUUCGAGUCGUAUGAAACGUGAAUUGGGUUCUACUUUCAACAUGGCACCUUUCGUAUUUAAAGGCAUAUUCGGUAUAAAUGCAACCUUUACUAAAUUUUAUAAGUGGAAUCGAGUUAUUAUUCGGUAUUGUGAUGGUGGGUCAUUCGCGGGAGAUGUUGAAAAACCUGAUCCGGUCACUAAACUCUACUAUAGAGGAGCAAGGAUUUUCCAAGUGGUUGUGGAUGAGUUAAUGGCAAAGGGAAUGAAAGAUGCCAAGAAUGUUAUCUUUGCCGGCGGUUCAGCAGGUGGAUUAGGCGUGUUGGUACACUGUGAUCGUUUUACUAGUCGAUUUCCAAAAGGAGUUAGAGUAAAAUGCCUUUCAGAUAGUUCUCUCUUUCUUAUCGUGAAAGAUCCCGAGCGUGCAAAAUACUUUAAGGCUGUUUUUAGUGAUAUAGUUGCUCUGCAUCAACCAAACAAGUCAUUACCUGUAGAGUGCACUUCAAAAAUGAGUCCAUUUGAGUGCUUCCAACCAAAAAAUUUGGUGCAAUAUGUAAAAUCUCCUCUAUUUAUUUUCCAUUCAGCAUACGAUUCAUUUCAGGUGCAAAAUACUUUCUCGAUGGAUUUGUACAGAGCCAUUAAGAAUAGAUCGUCUAUUAGCCCAACUGAUAUGGCUCUGCUACAAGAUUUCAAAAAACAAAUAAUAAGUGCAUUGCCAAAACCAAGUGCCACCAAAGGAUUUAUAGUUACUUCUAACUUCGGUCAUAGCUUUGCUUCAGCCGACUAUAAGAAGCGUAUGUUUGCAGAUUCGAAAUCAAAGACCAUCGAGGACGGAUUCUACAAUUGGUUCUUUGACAAACAUCCUAUCAAUCUCAUAGACCCAAACAACGUGCCAUUUAUGUUUUGAAUGAAAUAUUUGUGAUCUCUUCAUUGUACUUUGAUAAAUAUAUAUAAUAUAAUGAUCUUUUUAUUCACUAUU